AUGCUGGUCUAUCCUAGCAGGGAAUUCGGAAUGCGUCCUCGGAAAUCAUCAAAGGACAUAAUAUUUAGAAAGCAAAACUAUUGGGCUCAAGGUAAAGAACCAACGCCUUGGUAUGUGUGGGAUUCAAAAUUACCGGCAAACAGGAGCAAGAGCGAAGAAAGACCAACAACUCUAAGAACUGCACAAAGAUUGGAGGAUGGACCCAGCAGUUUUAGCAACGACUUACGAGAUUAUCUGAUGACGUCCACGUUACAUGGACUUCGAUAUAUUGGAGAACGAAAACUGACUUGGUUUGAGAGAUUUUUCUGGUUAACAGCAUUUGGCUGUUCUUUAGUAAGUGCAGGAUUUUUCAUAUUAAACAUAUACGCAAAGUGGCGCUCGUCCCCGAUGAUAGUCAGCAUUAACCCGGAGAACAUGCCUCUCAGCAACCUGCCGUUCCCCGCGCUCACUGUCUGUAACGUCAACCAAGCGAAGAAGACCGUAGCUGAAAGAUAUUGGGCGAAUCCGGUUGACAAGAAGCUGCUUCAGAGUUUGUGUACCACAAAAGACGAUUCUGAAAUAUUCGAGGAUGGAAUAGCGGGCAGGGCUGACUGGGAUCAUACCAGAUCGUUUCUAAUUAAUGUGACACAACCGUGCAGUGAAAUGCUGGCACAGUGUAUCUGGGACUCCUCAGUUAUGAACUGCGAGGACUUGUUCAACGCUCAGCUAACAGACGAGGGACUCUGCUGCACCUUCAACGUGGUACACAGAAAUAAAAUGUUCAGGAACCCUCGUUCUCUCAAUGACUUGAACAUAACAUUUCCAUCACCAGCCGUAGACUGGACACCAGAGGAUGGAUACCCUGCUGAUGCUCCUCCUGAUGGCUUUCCAUGGAGACCUAAAGGUAUUGGCACCCAUCACGGUCUCUCCCUGGUAUUGGACGCUAAUCUUGCGGAAUACUAUUGCGCUUCUACGAAAAGUGCUGGCUUCAAGAUUCUGCUACAUAAUCCCACGGAAACACCUAAGAUAAGAAAUCUCGGAGCUAUAUACGGUCCGGGCAGAGAAGCAAGAAUCGCGAUUUGGCCAAGGAUAUCAGAUGCACAACCGUCUCUUCGAUCUAUUGAUAUUAAGAAAAGGCUUUGUUUGUUCUCUAAUGAAAAAGAAUUGGUAUUUUUCAGAACUUACACUUUGAAGAACUGCGAAAUGGAGUGUGAAGCGCAAGCUAUGCUGGACGUAUGCAAAUGUGUCUACUAUUAUAUGCCCAAAAACAAAUCCACUCGUAUUUGCGGGAAGGCAGAUGCGAAAUGUUAUACGAACAUGAGCCUGAUCAUGCCUGAAGGUCGCGACAUCACAUGCAUGGAGUGUCUGCCAGCAUGCACGGAGAUCGCCUACAUGGAGAAGCUGAGUGACGCGCCGCUCAAAGAGAUGCUCGUGGCACAACUUGCCAGGACCCUCGGCAACAGAACUCCUGAAUAUUUCACGGAAAACAUGCUGGUUGUACACUUUUAUUUUGAAGAAAACACGUUCAUGAGAUUUACAAAAGGAGAAAUAUUUGGACUCACUGAAUUCUUAUCCAACACGGGCGGCUUGCUGGGGCUGUGCAUGGGGUUCAGCAUGAUGAGCGCAGUGGAGCUGCUGUACUACCUCACCCUGCGCGCGCUCUGCAUGAUGCGCCGCCGCCCGCAUACACAACCAUUCGUUAAAUAA